AUGUAUGCUAGCCCUGCCAUCCAGUAUAUACUCCUCGAAAUCCUAAUUAUCCCAUCAUGGAUCUACACUGCACCCAAGCAUCUAAAAAAAACCUCCCUCGGUGACAUACCAUGCGAACUCCUAUUAAUAAUUGCCAAAUUCUGCGACACCCAAUCCUUCGCCCGCCUAACCCAAACCUGCAAAACCAUCCACAUAACCCUAACACCCACCAAGACUCACCGCGGCAAAGAAGAAGCCCUCCUCCCCGCAGAGUCCUACCUAGAACGCUGCAUCUACAACAAAGGUGCCGGCAUACACCCCCCAGCCCGAUUCUCCACAAAAUGGCCUUCCACCGCCAGAAUCCGACGAGGAUUCAACAACGAAGGCCGCCUUGUCCGCGCAGUUCAAAAAGGCAAAAUCCACGGCUUCAAGGCCCUCCUUGACUUGGGCGUGGAUCCAAAUGCAUAUGACUACACAGGCGUAUGGGUUCUCGAUAUAGCAGUCUAUAAACAAGAUCUUGAAAUGGUAGAUCUUCUUCUUCGCCAUGGAGCGAUUCCUGACGUUACGGAUCUUCAUCAUCGUAAAUAUGUCUUGAAUUAUGCGGCUUGGGAUGACCCUAUUACGCAGCGGUUGAUUCUUGCGGGAGCGGAUUUGAAUCUUGGCUUUUUGAUGCAUAAUAUUGUUUCGAGGAAUAGUAUUCAGACUAUUUCUAUGGCGCUGGGGUAUUGGAAACGGGGACAGCAUUUGGAGGGGGAGCAUGAUGAUCGGAGACCUUCACUGAGACAUUCCGCUGUGAGACGAGGAGAUCCGGAUGUUCUGCGUCUUCUUUUCUCUCGGCCGGAAUCCUAUGUCAUGUCGAAUGAUGUUGCUCUGUUUCAGGGAUCGGCGCUACACAUGGCUAUCAAGGCACGGGAAACGGAGCUAGCGUGGAUGUUGAUUGAGGCGGGGAUUGAUCUGGAUGUUGUGGGAAAUGAUAGCUCUACAGCGCUGCAUUGGGCACUGAAAGAGGAACUUUUGGAUGUGGCUCGGGGGCUGGUUGAGGCUGGGUGUGAGUUGAAUCAUGUCACUGCGGAAGGCAAGACUGAGUUGCAUAUUGCUGUUGAGGUUGGGUCGGUGGAGCUGGUUCGGUUGCUGCUCCAGAAAGGGGUUCUCGUUGAUUUGCGAAGGAAUAAUGUUGUUUUUCGAGGUAGAUUGACUUUUCUUCAUCAUGCGAUUCAGGGGCGGCGGAGGGAUAUUGUUCAGGCGAUUCUUUCGGAGGGAUCUCAUGGGCCGGAUUUGACGAUUGAGAACGAUGUUGGUAUAACUCCAUGA